UGACUAAAAUAUAGUAUAGAGAACCGCAUAUGAAAUGUUUGUAUCGUUGGGUUAUGUGGAACAAACAGUGAGGGUGUGAAACGAAGCAUUAAAUCAACCAUAGCUAUGGCAGCAAGAAGUGUGAUUAAGAGGACGAGGAAUAUUAUGUGCGGCGCUUCUCUUCUACUACUACGCUCUACUUCCCACUCCUUUCCUUUCCAAAACCCUUCUCUCCCUCCACCAAAAACCCAACUUUUUCCUUACUCCACUCCUCACACCUCCUUCUCUCGCCAUUUUUCACUUUCACCUUCAGGUGAGACUAGUGAUGAAGGUGAAAGUACAGAUGGAUGGGAGGAAGAAGACGAGGCUGAGCCUAAGAUUGGUGACGGUGGAAGUGGUGGUGGUGUUUCCUUGCAAAGUGUGGCUUGGGGUCAGCGAGCCCUCUCUAUUGCUGAGGAGGUCCUUAUGCAGUUCAGUGAGGACAUCAAACUAUAUGCUUUCAAGACAAGUCCUCGUGGAUAUGUUUACGUGAGAUUGGACAAAUUAACAAAUGAAUAUGGAUGUCCAAGCAUGGAAGAGCUUGAAAGCUACAAUCAGGAAUUCAAGAAAAGAUUAGAUGAAGUUGGAGCACUUGGAGACAUACCUGAUGAUUUGGCUGUUGAGGUUUCGUCCCCGGGUGCUGAUAGGAUACUGAAAGUUCCAGAUGAUCUUAGUCGAUUUAAAAACAUGCCUAUGAGAGUUUGUUAUACAGAAAAUUUAGAGUCCAGUUGCCAUGAAAUGGAUGGAGUAUUCUUUUUAGAUUCUAUUGAAGAAGAGUCAGAGAUAUGUGUUUGGAAGUUGGCAGAUGUUAAAGAGAAUAGAGACCCUACAAUAAAAGGCAAGCCGUUGAAUCGUAAACAGAAGGAUUGGAGAUUGAGAUUGCCAUUCAACUUGCAUAGAAUGGUAAAUCUGUACGUUGAGUACUAGUAAAAUCUUAUGUUAUUUGAUUCAGGAACAUAAAAUCUCUCUCCAACCCUCCCCAAGCACCUAUCUCUGAUGGAAAUUCUAAGGUCGGUGGUCUACUGUGGCGUGUCUAAAAGUCACUCAAAAUUUUAACGGUAAUUGACUUGAUUGGUGUUGGUUUGAAGAAUUAAGUUUUGAGAGAUACAUUCAAUUUUAUCUAUUUUUAUCAAACUAAUUCCAAUCGAGUUUUUAUCUUAGUUGCAAAGACAAAGACCAUUAUGAAUAGUGUCAUCUAUCUUCUUUAUAAUUUUGAGUGACUUUUAAGUAUGAGUUCCGAGUGGUAGUAACAUUUGCUUUACGUGUGGUAAUGUGAAAAUAGUUUCAAAAAA